AUGACGACGCCGGCGAGGAUCGAAGGUGCGGUGCCCAAGAAGGUGUACAUGCACUACGAAGAGGGUGAGGAAGAACAAAAACUAAUGCUCAAGAUGACGCUUCCAUCUAAAUGGGCGGGUCAUACCGUGGAUUACCUCAAGGAGUUCUUCGUAGAACAUUACAAUAAUAAGAAACCAGAUAACACGUUGGAUAGCGCCCAGUUGCAUCUCGAGAAGAAAGGCAAGACGCUGUUGUUUGGUGACGAGUUGCUGCACACGGCCGUGCAAAAGUACGACGAUCUGUUUCUUAAGGCUGGCGUUUCGACACUUAAGCCCGUACCUGUGACAAAUAAUGCGGUGCCCGCUGUGUCGGACAAGAAAUAUCUCCAGUGCAAGAAUCACGGCUGCCAGCAAAAAAUUUUGGACGAGGAGAACAGUGACCAGGCGUGCCGUCACCACAUUCUGCCGCCAUUAUUCCACGAUAUGAAGAAGGGCUGGCAAUGCUGCUCGUCCAAGAUGGUCUACGACUGGGACGAUUUCGAAAAAAUCGAACCGUGUACCGUCGGCCGCCAUUCUACUGUGGGACCCAAUGAGCAAUUCGCAAUGUCGCCUACCGUGGCAGCAGCAGAGAAUGCUGCAGCGAGCUCUGUGAACGUAGCUACUCCGCAGGCAGCGGCCCCGCUAAAGUCGAUUGACGACUACAACCAGAAGAAUCCAAACGCGGUAACUGCCGUUUCUGCAGCCAAGGAGAGCCAGACGACGGCACCUCCAAAACGUACCGAUGGCAAGGCGAAAUGUGUCAACUUUGGCUGUCAGCAGGAGUACGUGGUGGCGGAAAACAAUGAUACGUCGUGUCGACACCACGCCGGCGCACCCGUUUUCCACGAUGCCAGCAAGUACUGGAGUUGCUGCCCAAAGGACGUCAAGUACGAUUUUGACUCGUUCCUCAAUUUGCCGGGCUGUGUCGUAUCCGCCCAUACGGAUGUCAAGACGGCUUAG